AUGCAAUACCCGGAUGAAACUAUUGAUAUUUCCCAAUUAACGAUGAAAGAAUUUGUCGGUCAUUCUCGACAUUUGUUUACUCAGAUGCAGGACGAUCAGACAGAGGUUGAUUUCAUUUGCUUUGUGCUAGCCGCAAGGGUUGGGCCACUCGCAGGUGAAGAGCUCGACCAAUACCAAAACCAGGGCGCAGAGGUUGAAGUUCCGACGCAUAAAAUGCCCAACAUGCCCUUGGGCAAAGUUCAACGUUCAACAACGGCACGUUUACAGAAUGGCCGAUCUGUCGCUGAGCUGUGUCUGCUACAGCAAUGGGCUCGCCCCGCUGGAACCGAUGGGAAUUGUGUGGCUGAAUGCAUAGCCUAUAUGCCUGUGCGCAGCACUGAUAUAGCAAUGCUCGAUUUUCGACACCGUGCGAGUUCAGGCUGCUUCAAGUUUACCAUCUGGCGCGGCAGGCAAAUGAUAUCAUAUAAAGCGAAGUUCGUCAAGAAUUCACAAGCGCAGCUGAUUAUUACUCAGUUCUAUAACGGACAGAUCGAGCGCACAAUUGACCGUGGAUUUGCCAAUGAAGAGUCCAAGUACAGAGCAUCGCACAUCGUUGCUAUGGAAAGUCUCGCUUUCAAGAGCGCAGUGGAGGAGCUUGAUAGAGAGAACUCUCCUCAUCGUAUGACCAUCAUGGAACCAACUCGGGAAGAUGAGCGUGCAUAUCACCAAACGGCUGUUUGUGAGGCGAACUAA